CAAAGCAUUCUAAAAAUUUAUCUAAUUCAAUUAAAUCUAUUAAAUCUUCAAACAAAAAACAAAAAACCCAAAGUGAGAAGCACACAAAGACUAGUUUGAUUUGGAAGUAUUUCGAAGAAACUAAAGUUCGAGACAAUGAUG